AUGACUGCACUUGUUGAGGAUCCCUGGAAGGAGCCGGUUACUGCCCUGUUUGCGGGUAUUGGUCUCCUCUACAUCUCCCUGAAAAUCUUCAGCUUCUGGAGGCUUGUUGCUAGUCUGUUCAUCUUGCCUGGCACUUCUCUGUCCAAGUUUGGCCGCAAGGGAAGCUGGGCUGUCGUGACUGGUGCUUCUGAUGGCAUUGGCAAGGAGUAUGCCUUGCAACUCGCAGCGAAGGGCUUCAACAUUGUUCUGGUCUCUCGCACAAAGUCGAAGCUUGAAACUCUCGCCUCUGAAAUUCAGUCAAAGUAUACUUCUGUUCAGACCAAGACUCUUGCUAUGGACUUUGCCCAAAACCUGGACUCCGAUUUCUCUGCUCUCAAGGCCCUGGUGUCUGACCUCGAAGUCUCCAUUCUCAUCAACAAUGUUGGUUUGAGCCACGAGAUGCCCGUUCCUUUCGUUCAGACUCCCGAGAAGGAACUCAAGGAUAUCAUCACUAUCAACUGCAUGGGCACUCUUCGCGUUACUCAAAUCGUUGCACCUGGUAUGGUUCAACGCCGUCGCGGUCUGAUUCUUACCAUGGCUUCCUUCGGCGGUAUCCUGCCAACUCCUCUCUUGGCCACCUACUCUGGAAGCAAGGCCUUCCUUCAGCAAUGGAGCAGUGCUAUGGGCUCUGAGAUGAAGCCUCACGGUGUUCACGUCCAGCUUGUUCAGUCUUACCUGGUCACCUCUGCGAUGUCCAAGAUCAAGCGCGCCAGUGCUACCAUCCCCAACCCCAAGCAGUUUGUCAGAGCUGCUUUGGGCAAGAUUGGUCGCUCUGGUGGUGCUCAAGGCAUUGCAUACACCAGCACUCCUUACUGGAGCCAUGGCAUCAUGCACUGGGCGCUCGGCGCCUUCACUGGUACCAUGAACUCGAUUGUGCUGGACCAGAACAAGACCAUGCACGAGAGCAUCCGUAAGCGGGCUCUCAGAAAGCAGGAGAGAGAUGGUAAGAAGGGUCAGUAA